UUAACGAGUCUCCUCUAUUUAUAAUCAGAUUCGGCUUGUGCUGGGAAGCAGUCAUCUGUCAUUUGGAGUUGUUUUGGAAAUUGUUAAGAGAGUUGUUUUACUUCUUUUCACAAAAGUAUGCUAAAAAUAGCCUAAUACAUCUUUUCUCGUUCUGUGCAGAAGUUUUAAUGAUGUCUUCAACUGAACAAUUGGGGAGAAGUAGAAGAAGGAUAAAAAAAAAAGAAUGCCCAUGUUGCAUAUCAACAUCAAAAUUCAAGAAGACAUAUUCUAAAGUUACCUGUACGAUCUGCAAAAGGAGUUUUGCCAGUAAGGGGAUGUUAAAGGCUCAUGAAGCCAAGCACCAUUAUUUCCGUCACUGUCCUAAUUGCCCGAAGACUUUUCGUCGAACACGAACUUUUUUGCGGCAUUUACAAAGCCAUCUGAAUAUUCAUCCUUAUAUGUGUAAAAUUUGCUUGAAUUUCUUUAGUGUAAAGAAAUUGUUGCUGGAGCACAAAGAAGUGCAUCGAAAUGAUAAAGGAGACGGCUUGUUUCUCAAUGAUGGACCUCCAUUUGCUUGCAAUAAAUGUAAUGCAAUCUUUUCAAGCCUUUAUGAUAGUACUGUGCAUCAUAAAAAUCAUGUGUUCCGCUGUGGUUUUUGCCGCAAAGAAGUUGUUGCUUUUUCAAAUAGUUGGGAUCUUACAUUACAUACGCGCCGUGUUCAUGCACCUCAACUAGAAAGAGGACUUAUUUCUACUGAACCUUUAGUAAGCACUGGUGCUGUGAACUUGCAUGAAGACAGCGACAGUGACAGCAUGGAUGACUUAACGGCUUCUGAUAAUGAAUCGCUUGCUGAUACGGAUUACAGUUAUCAAAAGGAGGCUGCUAAACCAGUGUAUACUCUAAAACGUAAAGACAAAUUCAUUUGUUUUAUAUGCUAUGAUUUAUAUCCAUCUUCUGAGCUGUUGAAGGCUCACAUGAUAGCUCAUAAAUUUUAUCCAUGUAACUUAUGCCCCAAAUUUUUUGCUGAUUCUGAGACUGCUGAAAAACAUGAGUGUUAUAUUGCAGACUGAGGAAUUAUCAUAAGUAUGUGUGACUCUUAAAAAUAUCAAGGAAUUUAAAGAUUCCUAGUUAUUAUUUUCCCACCAUCUAAAAAGUACCGAUCUCUAAAGAUUAUGGUCAUAGCUUCAAAAAAUGAAACAAUACCAUUCGCAAUUGUGUAAUAUGGAAACUUUCCCCUCUUUUUUUUUUCUGUAUAGAUGGGACCAGUUUCGAUUUACUUGACAAUGGUUGUUUUUCUUUGAGAUAGAUGCCCGAAUCGCAGCUAAUGAGCAUGCGCUUUGCUGGAUGGGUUCUGCAAUUCCAUUUGUUACGUACUGCUUGUUUUAUGAGAAGAUAAUACGUCAAAACAGGCAUGCCAAAAGAGGGAAAGAUACAAGACUUGCCUGCCAGUUCCAAAGAAUCAUCAUUGAUGUUGGAUAAAAUUAAUACAGGAAAAGAUGACGUGUCAAAUCUGAAAACGUCAGAUUGAAUGUCCGACCAAUUUCGAACUUUUUAGUUCAAGAACAAUAAUUAAAAGCUGAAUUACAUAUGUUCUGUGAAAGUAAAAUAGCCAAAAAAUGUAUGUGCCUUAUUUGUUAAGGAUGAGUUCUAUGAAACUAAUGGCUGAAAAAUCUGCAGAAAUAUAUGCCCAAAUACACAGAUUGGCGAAAAAUGAAUAAAUAAA